AUGUCAGAUAGACUAUCCCUGGGCGAUGCUGAGCAGAAAAACCUUAAGCGUAAGAUGACUGAGGAGUCAAUAUCAGAACGACCUUCCAUGGACGACGAUGAGUCUGCAGAGGAGCUUCUGACUCUGAAGCUGAUGGUGGGUUCAUCGUCUGGACCAACUGGUGAGGCCUCUAACAACGACGAGACAACAACGAGAGUGGAGGGCAGUGAUAAUGAUCUGCAGCGAAAAUUCUCUUGCAAGUUCUGCAACAAGAAGUUCCAUAACUCUCAAGCUCUGGGUGGACACCAAAAUGCUCACAGACGCGAACGUGUACUCAACAAAAUUGACAAAGAGUUUGAGGUGGGCACUUUUGGACGCUUUGGUCCUCACUUUUGCCCUUAUUCAACCAUGGCUGGUCUUCCUUUUACAGGGUCACCUUUUUAUCCAGGGCUUCAUCAUCACAUGAACCCACUGGCGGCUCGUUACGGCUUGCAAGGGCCAGCCAACUCGGCCCCGGAGGCGUUCCGGUUCGGCACGAGAAGCUCCUGGGCUGAAGAAGGAGCGGUUCAGCGCAGAGCGAAUCGGAGAAACAAUGUUCGGAGUACUUCACCUGCAAGUACAAGGCCAGGUGAUCAAUCAGCAGUAACUGGUGCGAGUGGCGAAGGCUUCCAGAGAAACUCAUAUACAGGAAGCAUUCAUGGUGAACCAUCAAGCCUCGACUUGACUCUCAGUCUGUAA